AUGCAAUCAGCAGCGACGGGGCACAUCCGAACCUUACUGAUUCUUUCUGUGACUGCGCGACUUGCAGCCUGGGCGUUAGUUUCGAUUUCUGCAUAUGUGCUUCCGCUGUUCGAUGCAUCGCCAAGCAUUUGUAUCGGCGGGACAUCCCCUUCGUCCAUCCUCCUUCGUUGGGACGCUUUCCACUUUGCGCACAUAGCAAGAGAGGGAUACGUGUAUGAACACGAAUGGGCAUUCUUCAACGGAUUGCCACUGCUCAUGCGUGUCUCGGCCCACAUGCAGGCUCUAGUAGGAUUUGGUUCAAACGAUUGGACGACGCUUCUUCGCGGUGGGGCAGGUAUGGCCGUACUUUGUGAUUCAACACACGUGCUCUAUCACCUCUCAUUGCAUCAUCUCCGCUCACCUUCCCUGGCAUUUUUGUCUGCCGCACUCUCCAUCUUCUCGAGUAGCCCCACUGCACUUAGAUUGGCAUCCUACAACGAACCGUUCUUCACAUAUUUCUCGUAUCGGGGUAUGCUGGCGUGUGCUCGCUCCAAGUGGGCUGCAGCAUCUAUAUGCUUCGCUUUGGCAAGCAUAUUCAGGUCCAAUGGAAUAUUCCUGUCCGGGUUCAUACCCUGGGGUAUGCUGGUCACGCCCUUUCUGGCAGGACGGAAGGAUCUGCUUACUCCUAGGCAUAUACUUAAAUGCGUGUUAUUGACUGCGUUGCCUCUCAUUCCCUUUAUCCACCAUAACAUCAUCGGAUAUCUUCAAUUUUGCAUGCCACCAACAUCACACAUCCCGAAUUGGUGUACGAGCAGCCUGAUUCCUUUGAUAUACUCUCACGUGCAAUCUGAAUACUGGAACGUUGGCUUCUUGCGAUAUUGGACAGUCUCCAAUACACCAAACUUCAUCCUCGCGCUCCCUGCCUUGGUUCAUAUUUUCGCAUUCUGCUGGUUUUAUCUUUCGAACUUGCCUGCCAUUGUUCCCCACAUCGUACCUCAGAUCCCGUCAAAAAACACUGACGUAACUCCCCCUCCUCGGCUCGACUCUCCAUUCCUCGCUCCGUCGCUCCUGCCCCACGUACUCCACGCCUUGGCGCUCACGUUGAUCUUGACGUUUAACGCUCACGUUCAGAUAUCGCUCAGGCUUCUCCCGUCUGUUCCGCUCACAUACUGGGCUGCUGCUCGCCUCAUGCUCGAUCUUCCGAAGUGGGGAAAAGCAUGGGUCACGUGGAGUGUUCUGUGGGGUGCGUUGAGCUGUGUGCUAUGGGCAGUAUUUCUCCCCCCUGCUUGA